CAGAUUUGCUGCUUCUUCUCGAUUCUUUUGCAAUUUGCAUGCAUUUGCUCAUCAAAAAUUCUUUUCUGGGUAUUGCUGGAAUUAGCUGUAUUACUUGAAAUGUUGAACCUUUACUUUUUCUCCUUUCUCUUUUUUGGUCAGAUUUUGUGUUCUCCUUAGAGCAAAAACCCUAAAAUCUCAAAAGUUUCGAACUUUAUUAAGCUCUUUGGUUCUUUUGGGGGAAGAUACACAGAUUUGGGGUGUGAACUAAGGUGAGUGAUUGAUUCUGUUCCUAAGAAGAUCUUUUCACAUUGUGGAGGAAAUGAUUAUAGCGAAGCAAUACCGUUGCAUUCACUCGGCGACUUGUCAUUGCACGAAAGGACAUCUUAGCGAAGAAGUAUUGUUUCUUAUGGUUCAGCAUCUGAACUGGAAUCCUAAUGUAAUCGCGACUCUGUCUUGUGUUUGUAAAUGGUUUGAUGAUAUGGCAAAGCGGUUGCUGUGGAAAGAGUUCUGCCGAGCUAGAGCGCCUAAGAUGAUGUGUGACCUUCAAUCUAGUGGUAGCCAUAGUGUUGAUGGGAGUUGGAGAGCACUUGGGAAACUUUUGAUUUACUGCUCAGGUUCAAGCAAAGGUGGACUAUUUAACGAUUUUCAAAUUCCCGGUCAUUUUGUUCAUAGAACCCGUUUCUCUAGAACAUCAGGAAGGAGCUUCCUUCCUGCCCAAUGUCGAACUGAUGAUAUUCUCUAUGUUUCUGAUCCUUGUGAACAUCUGGAUCAAGGAGAAGAUGGUGAUUUGGGAUUCUUCCGCGGGAUUUUUAAAUCGUUUUCAAUGUCAAAGGUGAGGAAGUUGCUUAUUAAGAAAGGGACACCAUUUCAUCCCACAGAAGUUUGUCCGUAUUGCAAAGCGAAGCUGUGGAGUAUGCUUCAGGCGAAAAUGAUACCACAAAGUGCUAGCUGUAGAUUGGGCGCUUAUGAAGAUAGCAUUGAGUAUUAUGUGUGCCUCAAUGGGCAUAUGCUUGGAGUUUGUACACUCUUACCCCUGUCUGAUUCUGAAGGGGCUACAGAGUUUCAGUGAUUGGAAAAGUUCGACCUUGCGUUUUCCUUUGCAGGAAAAGCUUGAAGCUCUGGUUAAAAGUUGUUUCUAUGUUACUGGUGAAUUGUUGUUGCUAGACUUUGGGAAUCAUCACUUUGCACAGAGUUGGUGUGAAACUGUGAAGUGUGUCAUGAGCUGAAGGUUUACAAGGUUCAACGAAGAGAGAGUUAACGGUUUCAGAUUCUCAAUCUAUCAUUGUUGUGCAUUUACAAACCAUUUGUUGAUUUCGUCCAUGUAUAUGUAUGAACAACACUUGCAAAUUGUAAUAGACACAUAUAUUUCUGUUACA